CCCUCCCCCGGGCCCGGAGGGUGUGUCCCCCUCACAGGGGCUCGCCGCGCCUAUAAGGGGCCCGAGCGGCGGGCAGGGACAUGCAGCUCUACAGCAGCGUCUGCACCCACUACCCAGCCGGGGGACCGGGUCCCACGGCCGCAGCGCCCGCUCCUCCCGCCGCCGCCGCCGCCGCCGCCGCCGCCGCCGCCGCCCCCUUCAAGGUCUCGCUGCAGCCCCCGGGCCCCGCCAGCGGCGAGCCAGAGCCCGAGACCGGUGAGUGCCAGCCUGCCGCGGCCGCCGAGCCCCGAGAAGCCGCCGCCGCCCCCGCCGCCAAGAUGCCCGCCUUCUCCUCCUGCUUCGAGAUGGUGUCCGGGGCCGCCGCCCCCGCCGCGGCCGCCGCCGGCCCGCCCGGCGGGUCCUGCAAGCCGCCGCUGCCGCCGCACUACACGUCCACGGCGCAGAUCACGGUGCGGGCCCUGGGCGCCGACCGGCUCCUGCUGCACGGGCCCGAGCCCGGCGCCGCGGCGCCCGCCGCCCAACGCGGCCGCUGCCUCCUGCUGGCCCCGGCGCCCGCCGCCCCGGUGCCGCCGCGCCGGGGCUCCUCGGCCUGGCUGCUGGAGGAGCUGCUGAGGCCCGACUGCCCCGAGCCCGCGGGCCUGGACGCCGCCCGCGAGGGCCCAGACAGAAACUUCCGACUGAGCGAGCACCGCCAGGCCCUGGCCGCCGCCAAGCACCGAGGCCCCGCGCCGCCCCCGGGGAGCCCGGAGCCCAGCCCCGGCCCGUGGGGCGAGGAGCACCCGGCGGACAGGAGCCUCCGGGGCUGGGAGAGGGCGGGCGACCGCAGCGACCCUCCCGCCGCGGACGAGGCACGGCGGCCCGACCCGGAGGCCGAGGCGCCCCCGGCGCGGGGCGGCGAGGCCGCCCAGAGCGGCGGGGCCGAGGCGGUGAUCGUCUCCAGGUCGGAUCCCAGAGACGAGAAACUGGCCCUGUACCUGGCGGAGGUGGAGAGGCAGGACAAGUACCUGCGACAGAGGAAUAAGUACCGCUUCCACAUCAUUCCCGACGGCAACUGCCUCUACCGGGCGGUCAGCAAGACGGUGUACGGGGACCAGAGCCUGCACCGAGAGCUGAGGGAACAGACGGUGCAUUACAUCGCCGAUCAUCUUGACCACUUCAGCCCCCUGAUUGAGGGCGACGUGGGGGAGUUCAUCAUCGCUGCUGCUCAAGACGGGGCGUGGGCCGGGUACCCGGAGCUGCUGGCCAUGGGGCAGAUGCUGAAUGUGAAUAUACAUUUAACUACUGGAGGGAGGUUGGAGAGCCCCACGGUGUCUACCAUGAUUCACUAUUUGGGCCCAGAGGAUUCCCUAAGGCCUAGUAUUUGGCUCAGUUGGCUCAGUAAUGGACAUUACGAUGCGGUGUUCGAUCACUCCUAUCCUAACCCAGAGUAUGACAGUUGGUGCAAACAGACUCAAGUGCAGAGAAAACGCGAUGAGGAACUUGCCAAAUCCAUGGCCAUAUCCCUGUCCAAAAUGUAUAUUGAACAAAAUGCAUGCUCUUGAAGUGGCUGAAAACCCACACCCUGGGAGAAUUGCAUACGUGAUUUGUGUCGGGAGAAUUAUGAACUCUAAUCAGGGAACGUAUUGUCCCAAGAGGAGGAUAGUGCUCUGUGUGAUGUCUAGAGAACAAAGAACCAAGGAAGAAUGUUGGUCAAUGUGUCUCUGUCCAUCUAGGCGAGAAGGUGUCCUGGGCAAGCCACAGUAAUAUGCUGAAUAGAUGAGAGAAAUAAAGGAAAACACUUCUUGGAGCGUUUGGUCCCAUUGAUUUCACAAUCGUAAGUUAAAUUCGGUGCUUUACCUGCUUUCCUCAUGGACCCCUCGGGAUAAUCGCACACAGUAGGUGCUAUAUUGCUGCUACAUGCAAGUGAGGGAGGGGCGAGGUAAGUGCCUGACAUGCCUUCCGCCUUACCUGAGUUUUUCAAAGUAUGGAGGGAAUAUCAGGUUUUUAAAAAUGGCAUUUUUCACAUAUUUGCCACCUUUCCCUCUCACAAUACUUCCUGAAAAAUGACGGGGAAAAAAAAAAUCACAAUCCUACAAGGACAAAGAAAAUGGAAAAGGAGAUGACGCUAAUCAAACCAAGUGUGGAAACUGGAAAGAGGGGUGGCAAAUAGUUUAGAUCAGAGAACCGAAAACCUUAUCGGACUCAGGGAAGGUCCAGAAGCAGCCGCGCUCUGCGGAAUCCCAGAAGAGCAAAGAAUUGGAGGCACUGGUUACCCCUGCUGAUGGCGGUGCAGGUGGGGGCUGAAAACAGCGGAUGUGGAGCCACUGCCUGCACUCCGAUCUGAGAAUACUGGCUGCUCAGGCUUCGCCUCUCCCUGCCUGCCACACCCAACCCGAGGCGGAUUUCUUUUGGGGAAAAUAGACUAGAUCAGGAGAAAAGACCUCCAGGACUCUCAGUUGGGAUCCUCAGGAAAGCAGGCACGCAGAGGGAAGCCACACUGUACACAUAUUCCAAACAGCUUCCGUCUCAGAAAGACCAAUGCCAUAGAUCGCCGGGCAUUUAAUAUCGCCUCUAACAUAAACGCGAGACCCCAAUAAUUGACGGAGGAGCAGUGGAUGAGAAGGAAAGAGAAAGGGAAGGAUGCAGUGAACAGGAGAAAAUCGAAAAGGAGAAAAAAAGUGAGUGAAUCUCUAAUUGAUCUCUUCCGAGAAAUAAGAUAAGAUCUUGGAUCCUGGAGAACAGAGUGCUGCUAUUUUUAAAAAGAACUCUUGUAAAUUAAAAAUAGCAUAGCUGAUGUUAAAUAUUCAGUAGAAGUUUGGAAGAUAAAGUGGAGGAAAUCUCUCAGAAAGUGGUACAAGGAGACAUGGAAUGAAAAAUAGAGACCCGAUAAGAAAAUGAGGAAACUAAUCUACGAAGCCCAAUAUUUGACUAAUAGGUAUUCCAGAGAUAGAACGAAGACAAUGGUUGAGAAAGAAAGGUUAUACCAAUGAUUUCCCAGAGCUCAAGGAUAGCAACCUCUAGGUUGUAAGGUCCCACAGGAUGUCCACAGUGUCAUCAUGGACGGCCAUAUACGUUGUGUCUGUGAAUGUUAUGGGAAUAGUGUUCCCCAGAGUGGUGCAGUGCACAACAUUUACAACUGUGUGUGGCAGCCCAAUGAAUGCAACCCAUGCCAUGUUAUUUUGAAUAGCUAUUUCAAAGUAUUCAGUAUUAAAAAAAAUAGCCUCAUUGCUUUCGAGGAGAAAACGAAGUCAUUUCUCAACAGAAGAACUCAACAGAUUCUCAACUAAGACUUCUCAACAGAAACAUAACCAGGAGACCAUCGAACGAUGCUUUGCAAAUUCGGAAGGAAAAUGAUUUCGAAGCUAUAAUUCUAUACCCAGCCAAAUCAGCAUUCUUAAUUGUAAACAGCAGAAUCUAUACGGUUGAUGUAAGCAGAUAUGGAGUUUAUUGACGUUACAUUGCUUGGGUUGUUUAUGGGCUUUUCUGGUAAGCAAGAGAAUGCAGGCUUGCACACCAUGUUGCCAGGACUCACACCCAAAGACUAUCGUGGGGACUGUACCUGAGAAAACAUCCACACUACCACACUUCUCCAGAUACCACAGCUUGCAGCAAUGAUGAGUCAGCUCUGUAUCGAGCCAUCCCUUCCCCACAUAGUAGAUCACCGUCUCCAUAAUCUACCACAAAAUAAAAAAAUAA